UCAACAAACAGCACAACAUCAACAUUAAUGAUGACGGAAGAAAUUGAUAAAUUUUUUCAACAAUUUUAUAAUUUCACCACCAGUACCACCCCUAACAACAACCACAUGACCACCACCACCACCACCAAUAAUAAUAUUUCCUAUUACUCAUUCUAUUAUAAUUAUUAUUAUAAUCAACUUUUAAUGCAAAAUUAUUGUAAUUCAUUAUCGAUAAAUGAUGAUGAUCAUAAACAACAACAGAAUCAUCAUCAAGUAAUGUUUCCGGAAAGAAAAUCAAUAGAUAAAUUAAUUAAUGAUGAACCACAGCCGCAGUCACAGUCGCAGUCGCAGUCGCAGUCGCAGCCGCAGCCACAGCCACAGCAGCAGCAACGUUUUAAAAAAUUCAUCUGCAUUGAAUGUAAAAAUGGUUUCAGUAAUCGUAGCCAAUUGAAUAGCCAUAUACGUACACAUACUGGUGAAAGACCAUUUGUUUGUGAUUAUCAUGAUUGUCAAAAAUCAUUCACACGUAAUGAAGAAUUAACUAGACAUCGUCGUAUACAUAGCGGUAUUCGGCCAUAUCAAUGUCAAUGGUGUGAUAAACGUUUUGGACGCAAAGAUCAUCUUAGGAAACAUGAACGUACACAUGAACGACGUUUUCGUUCGACAUUUUUACUCAAUUAUCAUCAUCAUUCAUCAUCAUCAUCAUUAUCUACGAAAGAAGCAAUAUCAUCAAUCAAUAACAAUGAUGAUCAGAUCGAUAAUCAUCUUUUCCAGCCAAAAUCAUCAUAA